AGCAAAGCCACGCGACGUCGCACUAUUUAUUCGUUCAAGUCUGUAAAGGAUAGUGAUUUUCAUUCAUUAUUUUUCUAUAGAAAAUUAGGUUAUUGGAAAUAAAAAUUAAAAAAAUGCCGUCAGUUCGAAGAAUGAUACUCGGACAUGUGAUAACGGAUGUAUGUGGGAAAAUGAACAGAAGAAAAAAUUUACAGGGAGACAUAAUGGAGACACCAUUAAAAAGAUGUCUCUCAACUUUUGAUAUCACGUUACUCGGUGUGGGUCACAUGAUUGGUGCUGGAAUUUACGUUUUAACUGGAACAGUCGCACACGAUAUAGCAGGGCCUGGUGUAAUUGUUAGUUUUAUAAUUGCUGGAUUUGUUUCAUUAUUAGCAGCACUUUGUUAUGCAGAAUUCGGAGCCAAAGUCCCUAGGGCCGGAAGUGCCUAUAUUUACACGUAUGUAACUAUUGGCGAAUUCUGGGCAUUCGUCAUUGGAUGGAAUAUUAUUUUGGAGCACAUGAUAGGUGCAGCGUCUGUCGCAAGGGCAUGGAGCGGUUACGUGGAUUCAUUAUCAGGAGGGGCGAUAAGUAAUUUUACGUAUCGAUUGAUUGGAGAUAGUAUGAAGGGUAAUCCAUUGGGUCAUGUACCAGAUCCACUGGCGGCAUUUUUAUGCAUUAUUUAUUCUCUACUUUUGGGAGUUGGGGUGAAAUGUUCAGCAACUGUCAAUUCAUUUUUGACUCUCAUUAAUCUUGCUGUCAUGGGACUGGUGAUUGGUCUUGGUAUUUAUCAUGCAGACUUAAGCAAUUGGAGUUCGGAAAAUCAUGGUUUUUUGCCCUACGGUUUUCACGGCGUUCUUGCCGGUGCUGCAACGUGUUUCUAUGCAUUCGUUGGAUUUGAUUCAAUUGCAACGUCCGGCGAGGAAGUUCGAGAUCCAUGUCGUAGUAUACCAAUAGCAACUGCCAUUUCAAUGGGAAUUGUAACCAUUGGCUAUGUUUUGGUCAGUGGAGCUCUAACACUAACGGUUCCGUAUUGGGAAAUAAAUCCGACGGCAGCAUUACCGGAAGCUUUUGCUUCAAAGGGGAUUUUUUGGGCGAAAUAUGUUAUCAGUGUGGGUGCUCUGUGUGGAAUGACGACAACACUAUUUGGAUCACUUUUCUCACUACCUCGAACUCUAUAUUCAAUGGCGAGUGAUGGUCUACUUUUUGGCUUUUUAGGACGAGUGAAUUCCCGCACUCAGGUGCCUGUUGUAAAUUUGGCAAUCAGUGGCGUAAUCAGUGCCCUACUUGCUCUGUUCUUUGACCUACAACAUUUAGUCGAAUUUAUGUCAAUUGGUACCUUUUUGGCCUACACAAUUGUCUCUGCCAGUAUUAUAGUUCUAAGAUAUCGACCAGAGAAAGUCUUAUCACCAAUUUCUACAACUAGCACAUCAAGUACCCUCACGUCACCGCCUACGGAAGGUGCUGAUUCCAGCAGUGAUGGUCGUAGCAUGACUUCUGCCGAAUCGGAGCAGUUAUUAAAUUAUUGCGAAGACACUGGAAAGUUGAAAUUCCGAUAUGCAUGGUUGGCAAAAUUCAUUGGCUAUUGUGAUCCCGGAACUGUUGUAUCAAUGUCUAUAACAUUUUAUGCAAUUGGAUGCAUAGCUCUAUGCACUUUGCUAAUUCUCAUAGUUCAAAGUUUAUCAUGGCCAACGUGGUCGGACUACAUAAUGAUCGUUAACUUAAUCCUCUUUCUUUCCGGAUGUCUGUUUUUGAUACACGCACAUAAGCAAACACCCAGUACAGGAAGCUUCCGUGUACCUUUGGUACCACUUGUGCCAGCGAUGAGUAUGUUCUUUAAUAUUGGCCUCAUGUUUCAUUUAUCACUUUUAACGUGGUUACGGUUUCUCAUCUGGAUGCUAGUAGGAAUGUUGAUAUAUUUCUUCUACGGAAUUCAUUAUAGUAAAGAAGCUGGUGGUCCAAAUUCAUAUUCAAUUUUAAUGGCAAGUUCGGAAGCUGGAAGAGGAGCAAAAUGGGGCUCCACCUUACGUGUAGGUCAAAAAAGUGAUAAAAUGCCUAUUUUAGAUAACGACGAUUUAUCCCACUAACAGUUUCAAAAAAGCAGAAAAAGAAAGAUAAAUUUUCAAUUGAAUUUCUAAUGUCAUAAAUUGUGUGACCUAACAAAAAUAUCCAAAAAGAGAGAUAAUAAGUAGAAUUUACAAAUAUUCAAAAGUAUCCUUGAGUAUAUCAGAAAUAUAUAAAUAUUCCCCCUAAUCUUUCAAAUUUAAAAAUCACAUUUAAAUUAAAUUCAAUAAUUACAUUUCAAAUAAGAUUCAAAUUAAUAAUUUUGAAAAAAAAGAUUAACAUUAAUUUUUUAAUAAACGAGGGACAAGGAAUUUUUUCAUUUUUAAGAAUUCGAUGUUAAUGUUGAGCGCACAACCAUCAAUUUAUUUAAAUUGAAACACAAUUGUUUGAAUUUUGAUAAUUACUAAUAUAUUUUGAUAAUUAUUUUAAUAUAAUUCAG